CCAGUGGUCUAGUCUAACUUCGAUAUAAUAGGUUAUCUUGUUGGGUGAGAUGCCAUAAAAUCGACUCACUUUCAGUUGCGUUCACAGUGGUCAGAACUGAUCUGAAGCUAGUUGUUCGGUGGAGUAGGCGACUUGAUUUCUGCUAUGACUAACUUUGAUCACAAGCAAUAAAUAGCCUACAACUCGUGGUCGCUGACAGUCUAUGGAAAAUGUACGUAUACAAUGCGGUAUGAGUUAAGCGAAGUAGACUACUAGACUACAAGAACAAGCAUUCAUGGCUGCCGAUGAGUCAACAGUGAUUGUAACUUUUACUGAAGUCCAAAGUCGCUUCUAGGCUACAAAUGGGUUCCAUGUUUGAUCUGAGCGCUGCUGUAAGACUGUAUUUGCUGUCUUGUUUCGUUGUAUCUGUGGACWUCACUUUAGGCUUGGGACAAAGCCAAGAUACUGAAUUCACGUUUCAACUCCCUGCGGGUAGAACAGAAUGUUUCUACCAAACAGCUACGAAGAACGGAAGCCUGGAAGUAGAAUACCAGGUGAUUGCAGGUGCAGGCCUGGAUGUGGGCUUCACCCUGAUCUCCCCCAGCGGAUACAAGCUGGCCUCUGAGUUCAGGACAUCUGACGGCAUCCACACGGUGGAGYCUACAGAGGACGGAGACUACCGGCUGUGUUUUGACAACAGCUUCAGUAAGCUUUCGGAGAAGAUGGUGUUCUUCGAGGUGAUCGUGGAGGGCCAGCCUGGGGACGCCUGGGGCGACGAAGAGUGGGCUGACAUGGCCGAGCCAGAGAGCAUGGUGGAGUACAAACUGGAAGACAUCAGGGAGACCAUGGACUCAGUGCACAGGCACCUGGAGCGGAGCCGGCAGCUUCAGACCAUGCUGAGGGCCUUCGAGGCCCGGGACCGCUACCUACUGGAGGACAACCUGUGGAGGGUCUCCUUCUGGUCCUCCAUGAGCCUCCUGGUCAUCCUGACCGUGGCCGUCACACAGGUCUACACCCUCCGACGCCUCUUCGACGACAAGAGGGUCUGCAAACCCUAGUGUCCAGUGGUAUCUUCCACGACUCCCACACCCUUCCCAGUGGUAUCUUCCACGACCCCCACACCCUUCCCAGUGGUAUCUUCCACGACCCCCACACCCUUCCCAGUGGUAUCUUCCA